UUUACGUCCUCUGCUUUGGACCGGAAGAGAGAAUGUAAACAAAGUAGUUGCAAGUAAUAAGACAGAGUUUCCUGCUGGGAUAUAGUUGAAUAUUUUUGGUUUACAAAUGGUGUAGAACUACUUCGAUUGAUUUUGCGAUAUAGUUGUCAUUACCCUGACAAGCUCUGGGUCCGUCAGCAGCGGACGUUUUGUAUAUCCUAUUAAGCGACUUAUAGCUAACGUUAGCUAAAAAGCUAAUCUCACUGUGCUAACUGUUUAGCGGUGGUCAUCCAGUAGCAUCAAUGCCUCAAGAGAGAGAGCAGCCUCUUCCCCUGAUUCGGUCUCUGAACAGUAGUACACGUAUCAGUGUUGUGUUUUGUAACCACAGUCCUCGUGUCGUGCGGCCUCUGUGGAUCAAUUACCGCGGGGAACCUCAUCCAUAUGGUGACAUACUGCCACGAACGGGGAGAAAAAUGUACACAUACGUCGGUCAUCCAUGGGUGUUCAGAGAUGCAAAGACUGAUGAGCCAAUGAGGGUGAACUGCAAAAAGUUAUUUGUUCCCCAACAAGAACACAGUGGAAAAACUACUCUUGUUAAUAUAACAUUGCCAGUUUACAGCCUCAAGGAUUGUGCACUUCAGGUGAUCAGGAAUCUUGUACAACCACAAGACUAUAGGAAGUUGGAAAUAGCACGCUGUCUCCAUGAGGAGCUAGAGGAUAAGCCCAGUGUGUUAAAAGAUCUCCGUGCCGUGAACCAGCAAGCCCAGCAACAUUUGCAGGAGCGGAUUUAAGUUCAGAACUGGAUGGACACGACGUUGUCACAUUAUAUUGUAAAGUCCAGAGAACUUGCUGUAAAAGAGACUCGGUUCAAUCUGUUAGUUCAAUUUAUUGAAUGGCUUUGACAAAUGUCUUCCACACCAGAAAUAUGUAGGUGUACUGUAUGUAUUUUUUCUGUCUAAGAUGAGUCUUGUAUGGGAUGACAGUUUUGUAGACUAUCUGACCAUUUUAUGUGGUAAACUCAUUAAAUUACUCUGUUACAUAUAUUUUAUUUUAUUUUUCUUUCUGUUAAAUCUUAAAAUAAAUGUAUGUUAUUCUAAUUAGUCCUAAUUAUCCUGUCAAGAACGUUCAGUAAUAGAAAAGUUUUGUUUCAUAGGGUGAAAAAAGUGAUUCUUUUGUACAGUUUUGUUCAGUUCUCAUACAUUUAAAAUGGCUACUGA